CCAAGUGACGGAACUUCGAAGUUCGAACGACAAGUUGAAGGUGCGGAGAUUUGAGAAAAAACUUAAUAAGGUUAUGCCUCGAUUGAUUCUCGUGCUUUCGAUACCAAGUUUUUACUUAACACAUUAAUUUUUUUAGUAAAAAAAAGUAUAAAAUAACUCUACGAUCAUUAAGUGCUACACUAUAGUGGAAAGUGUCGAGUUGAUUGCUGAAUAUUUUCACGAGUUAAUUCUAUAACAACUCAUCCUGACUACUCCGACGAAAACGGCAGCUGACCGAUUGUAUCUGCGAUUGAAAAGACGAAGAAAAAAAAAGAAAAUAGUAUUUAAUAGUCUGUAAGACUCAAAACUGCCUGUGAUAUAAUUUAUUUUUAUUAAUUUAUUUUUUCAAAAGAAUUCCAAAUUCGAAUUAGAAUUAAACAUAGACUAAAGUGAAAUUAGAUCUGGUCAUUAAUUGGUUAGUCAAUUAACUUUUUAAUCUGUGGUGAUGAGAGACAUGAAGGCUUGCCAGCACACACUGUCAGAUGACGUCAUCUACAAGGAGGUAGUUGUUAUCGGCAAUGGUCCGAGCGGUCUGGUGACGUCAUUCAUGCUGGCGGGCAAUGUGCCCUACUUAAAGCGGGAAAUACCCGAGGAUCUGCCCAUAGACGAGAUGCUAAGAGCCAGAUUAUCCAACUUACCUCCAGGACAGAAUUUACUUGAAACAGACUUAAUGGAGCUGGCAGAGGGUUUGGAGGGACGAAGUCAAAAUCCUAUUCCUCUAUUGUUUUUGAUUAUUUAUUUAACAGUAUAUUUGUUGAUAUUAAAGCGUUUCUUCCGUUGCGGUGUGGUGGUGACGAGCGUGUCCCGGAGCGCGCGCGGCGCCGGCCCGCCCUGCGCCCGCGCCGCCUGCCCCCGCGCCGCGCCCUACUGCGUCUCGGGGUAUUUGUUUAAUUUCCAGAUUUACAAGAUGAUGUGCGACGGCCCCAACGGCAACCAUCACAACUACGUACCAUAUCCUGACCACGUGGUGGUCGACGUCACCCCACUAGACCCUGACAAUGACCACAAAUACGCCCUCAAGAGAGUCACAUUACUCGACCUGACCACGGACAGGACCACGCAAGUCACCGUCUCCCUCAUCGUGGUCCUCAUCGGAUCCAGACCGGACCUAUUCUUCUUACAAACAAACUUCGACAUCAACGAUAUGGAAGUCAAGAAAUGCAUCAAAUGCGACGAACAAGAGAAAAAGAUCGACGAAGUACAAAAACAUUGCUUCUUCAAAAACCACUGGCAUUAUUUCAAAUCUGUACUCGGACAGAGCAUUCAGAGUUGCAAAUCGAGAUAUUUAAAUUACACAGAAAUAAAUGGCAACACUGACAACAAAUGCAACAACACGAAUUGUGAAAAAGAUGAAAAUGACCUUGACUAUGAAGUAAUACCUUACAAUGAGAAAGUGAAAUGUGAAUGCCAAUCAGAGAAUCCAUACAGCAGUGGAUUGGGUUUCGGAAUAGAUCCAUUAAAACCAGUAGAUGGUAGAUCCAAUCCAGUAGCCAUAGAUAAAAGUACCCAUGAAUUGCUUAACGCCCCCAAAGGUAUUUAUGCCCUCGGACCACUCACCGGAGACAAUUUUAUAAGAUUCAUCCCCGGAGGAGCCCUGGCCUUAGUAGCCCACAUACAUAAAGAAAUUAAGACAUUAGCCGAGUGA